UUUGUUUGAAAAGUUUAAGGUGUUAAGUAGGAGCUGUGAACAUCUGGGUCUGCUUGCUGCUGGCAUUCUGCCAGAGCCCCAGCAACAAGACCGCCUCCCAGCAACGAGACUGCCUGUCAGCCUUGCAAGAUGCCGAGAAAAAAUAAAAGAUCCCAGGCACAAAAGAAGCACUGGAAACCAGUUGACCUGGUCGAUCCUGCUGUCCCAAUGCUCACUGGCCAUAACCAAGAUGAGGCAGUCAGUAGUUUUCCAUCUGACCAGACAGCACCAGCCAGGUUGUCCUUGGAAACGGAGAAGAGACCCACCUCCUUAUGUCCUCCAGGCAGCAAGAUUUCAGACACUCGUCCACCAGCAAAACGAGUCCGGGCAACUGAUGAUUUCCACACGGCAUCAAAUUCUCCACCUAAAAAGCCUUUCCACAACAUAAAUGAAGAACUACUGACAGAGGAGCUACAGAGCAACGCAGUUCAGCACUUCUGGUGUGUCAGUGCAACUCAUUGUCAAAGUGAUGAAAGGUACACAGAAUUCUCUCGAAAUCAUCAGUGCACAUGUAAUGCCCUCACAUUCCUGGCCUACCUUAAUGAGGAAUACCAGCCCAACUUGAUAAGGUGCUUGACAUAAAUGUCUACAGUGUGAAAAUGGCUGACAUAAGUUAUGGAUACCUGGAAGCAGCAGAGAACAGUCCUCAAAGAAAAGAGUGGUGGUUGCCUCUUGCUAGUCGCCUUGUAUGUCUGUCAACAGAUGUGAACUAUGCUUUGCUCAUGGUCUCACCUCAGUGCAUUGCAGUUUUCCGUGACAAAUCUGGGAGGUAUGGAUUAUUUGAUUCACAUUCAAGAAGUGCAGCAGGUUUACCCCAGCCAAAUGGAACAGCAGUCAUGCUCACUUUCACUAAUGUGUAUGACCUGAUCACCCACCUGCAUAACCUUUUACAAAAUCAAGGCAAGUAUGCAAGAUAUGAGUUUGUGCCUGUUUCUUUCAAAAGAGUCAGCACUCACAACGAACAGCCUGCACAGUCAACUCGGGCAACAGAAGCAACAGCUACAUCAUCACCACAAAAUGAUGAACCACAAAUCACAAAUCCCACUGUGCAAGUGCCUCAACCAGAAUCAGCCCAAACCUACAUGACAAUGUUAGAAAAUACUUCAAACUCAUCACAAGACAAAAUGGCUUCAUGUGAACAUCAGCUUGAAACAUCUGUCAAUCCAACAACCAACAUCAGGAAAGAACAACAAGAAAAUAUUGAACUUAAUAAUGAAAGAGAAACAGCAAGGAAUGUGUGCAAAUUAAAUAAACGACGACGUCGGAAAGCUAGUCGUCAAGCUCAAAAAAAUCAGAGGCAGAAUGUAGAACCUAAAGAUAAAUCUUCAUCUGAUGAAGUGGCAAAGAAGACCUACAAAAAAAGGCACGAAAAGGAACGAUAUGCGACUUGUCAUGAAUUUCGAAUGAAAAAAUUACAGACUUUGAAAACCCAAUAUGCUUUAAACUGUCAUUACCACAAACAAAAACUGUUAUCAAACAAAAAUUAUUAUGCAAAUCCUCAAAUUCAAGGAGUAAAAAAAGCCCACAAGGUGAAGAAGUACCAAAGUGAUCCUCAUUUUCAACAAAAGAAGAGAGACUACAUUAUCAGAAGAUAUUCUACGGAUCCCGACUUUCAAACCAGACAGAAAAAAUAUGUGGUUCAGAAGUACAACACGGAUGCCAGCUUUAAAACCAAACAAAAACAAUAUCUGGUCCAAAGGUACAACAUGGAUACUGACUUUCAAAGCAGACAGAAGCAAUAUCUGGUCCAAAGGUACAACAUGGAUACUGACUUUCAAAGCAGACAGAAAAAAUACAUGAACCGCAGGUACAAAACAGAUGCUGACUUUCGAAGCAGAAUGAAAAAAUACAUGGGCCAGAAAUACAGAGAGGAUCAUGUCAGAGAAAGGAAGAGGGCAUACAUAAGAACAAAAUAUGCAUCUGAUCCAAACUACAGGCACAAACAAAAAAAAUCAAUUCAUGCCAGGUAUCACAAUGACUCACAAUUCAGACUGCACCAUAUACAGCGCUGUGCCCAGUACCAGAGACACAAAAUGGCUACCACUGCAUCUUUCGCCAUUUAUAAAAAGUUGUGUGCACAGAGAAUAAAGAAGAAAUACAGACGACUACUAACACAAUUCCAGCAGGGUCCACAGUCUGAAGCACAGCCCCAGCUUGUAGUGAACAGUGUGAUGCAAGCAGCCACAUUAGCUUUCCGUGAAACAAUUCAGUUAGGACCCACCCAUGUCUGUACAGUGUGCCACAGAACUCUGUUUCCUAUUCAAGUUAAACACCGCAAAAGAUCAAAGUAUGUUACAUAAUAGUAACAUUGUUGCCACUUGCUUGACAGGAAAAUUUGUCCAUGUUUGUGACAGGGAAUGCUCAGCUAAUUGUACUUUCCCAAAACAAAGAAUGGAAGAGUGGAUUUUUGUAGGUGUGACAACCACCUACAAAGAGGCAAGAUGCCAUCUAUCGCAGUAGCAAACAAUUUAGCACUAGCACCCAUUCCACUUGAACUGAGUGGAUUAAAUGUAGUAGAACGACAACUGACUGCUAAAAUUCUCCCGUUUGCCAAAAUCAUUGCAUUACCAAAAGGACAGCAAAGAGCCGUACAUGGGGCUGUUGUUUAUGUACCGUCGGAUGUGGAAACCAUAGUAAACUGUCUUCCCAGACCUAGCAAUGAAGCCCAGCUCCUGCAGGUACAACUGAAAAGACACAUCAGAUUCAAAGGAUACCAACACUUCUACACUGUGAACAUGAAGAA